UCUGAUCUACCAAACAGUUUUUAAGGCCAAUUCUAAUAUAAUGGGCCGUUAAAUCACAUUUAAAAAACAACAAAAACAGAAAGUGAGCAUCUCUCUCUAUAUAUCUCUCACUUUCAGUCUGGGGGAUCCCAUUCAUGAAGUAAAAAAGUGUCCUUGGAAACCACUCUCAGGGAGGAUCCUUUUGUAGCCUUUCGGUGCUUCAAUCCAACUGCUUUCAGUCUCAUUCUCUUUCUUUUUUUCUGAUGAUAUCUUCGAACAAUGGAAUCAAACUCAAUUGCCACUCUGUUUCAGCAUCCAUAAUACACCAACCACCCUGAUUUCAGUCCCCAGUAUGAAAAUAUGCUCAUAGCUCGGACAAAAAGAAAGGUCAAGGCUGCAAUUUUUGACUUUUGCUUCUCGUUUGCUUACUUUUGACUCCAAAUCUGCGACAUCCUUUGCACUUUGCAGCCUGUUUUUGAAACUUCUACUUCUUCUCGCCACUGUUCUGAAAAUGAAACACAAUAUUUAAAACCGAUUCACUUCCUGAAAAUAGCUUUUGGUUGGCGUGUUGGGGAGCACCCGUGGCCAUGGCAAUCGAUGUCUGCUCGGAGAUUUCAAGCCCAGGGAUCAGUCCGAGAAUCUCGUUUUCCCAUGAUCUGAACCAGCCAGAUGUUCUGUCCAACGAAGAUCGUCAUCAUCACCAGCGGUCGGACUUGAGCCUCUUGGAUUCCGGCUCCGACUUCGUCUUCUGCAUUGGCAACAGCUUUGCGCAAGAACUGUCUCCGGCCGAUGAGCUUUUCUCCAACGGCAAGAUCCGCGCUAAAGAAAUCAAGCAAAACUCGAUUUGCCCAGAUAAAAUACGCCAAUCUGAGCCUGUUUCUUCUCGUUCCCGGCCUUCUUGUACUGCAAACACAGAAAAGAAACAGCUCAAAGAGUUCUUGUCCCACAGUUUUGACGUAGAAGAAAAGCCUCCAUCAAAAUCUUUCUGGCAGUUCAAGCGAAGUAACAGCCUCAACUGCGAUAGUUCUCGAAGCCGAAGCUUAAUCCGCCCAUUGCAGUUCUUAUCGAGAAGCAAUUCAACCGGUUCAGCUCCGAAUGCCAAACCAGCAACACUUUCAAAGGAAACCCAAAAGCCGCAUUUGCAAAAACAACCGUCUGUAUCAAGCAGAAAGUCAUCAUCGGGAACAUGUUCGAGCACGUAUUAUUUCUAUAGUUCGUCGCAGAAGCCGUGGCCCAACAAGAACAGUGGAUCUUACGGCAGUGGGGUUCGAAUCAGUCCUGUUUUGAACCUUCCACCACCAUACAUUUCUAAAGUAACAGUAAGUUUUUUCGGGUUUGGAUCUCUCUUCUGUAAUGGUAAGGUUAAAAGGAAGAAGAAAUGAUGUUGCAGCUUCUUCCCUGGUCCUCACGUUCAAGAACAAAUGGAUUUAGCUGUCAAUCAUUCUGUUUCAAGAACCAAUAUGCAUGUGACCUCAGACUCUGUAAAUUGAAAACAAUAUUUUUUUUUUUACCAGAAAGAUUAAAAAAGAAAAAAAGAAAAAACAGUGUUGUUGAAAUCUACAUGGGGCAGUAAUUUUUAUUAUUGGUUCUUUGUCAUCGAUUCAUCACCAUCAAGAUGUCAUGGGCAAGGGAGACAGAUAAACAAGGUUCCCUUCUUUUGUGGCUCUUCUCCCCGUUCCCAUGGGUUCUCUCUCUCUUUUUUAUCUAUCUUUUGAAUCCUCUCUUACUUGUUCAAUGUGGGGGUCUUUUGAUCUUUUGGACUUUGAUUGAGGACUUCUUUUGGUGUUUUCUUUUGUAUGGUAGAUUUGGAAUCCUUUAAUCUUGGUUUUUUAUUUUUUCAAGUGGGACAAAAACAGUUGCUUAAAA